CCGGAAUGAAUCAUCUCACCAAUCAGGAUAGAGUCAAAUUCAAAGUGAUUAUUACCGUUAGUAUAAAAUGUUAUGUGGUGUAUUUACUAACAGUGUUUAUGAGAAGUGGCCCUUAUUGUCUCUUCUUAUGACUUUGUACUAGUUAUUUUGUUUAGCAACAAUUGAAGCGUGUUUACUGGUGAGGGUGAACAUACUACAUCGCCUUGUAUGACAGUGUUAGCUAGGCGCAAAGUGUUGACAUUUUCAUGCAGACAUACAGUUUUGAGAAAUCUCUAUUAUGUAUGGUCAGUAUGGUCAUAGUGGCCUCUUCAGUGGGUGCGAUGGAAAUUCGAGUCAUUCAGAAUCAUUAUCUUUUCCUGGAGCCAAUUCAAAGAGCAAGAAAAAGAGAGUGCCGUUAUUGGGGAAAACACGACGAACAUCCCAGCCUGUUCCCAUAUUACCAUUACUGACAGCUUUAAAGGCCAUGGCAGAAGAUGAAAAAUCUGAUAAUGCCCAUGAAGAUUUUGGCAGUGACAUAUCGUUGAUGUCACUGCCUAGUGAUGGUGGUGGAGCAACACUUAGGAUGAAUAGCUUUCCCCAGUAUUCAGACAAAGAAGUUAUUGAAAAUUUGGGAGGCCAGCUCCAUUCUAAUACUGGAUCACAAGCUUGUUUAGAGCUGACUAGCAACUCAAUAUGUAUGCAAGAAACACAGGUUUCUAGCCAAGACCUGAAGUGUCAUGAAGUGAGGCCUGAAGAACUUGAAAAUGUAGUCCCAGAAUCUCUAGCAGUAGACCAAAUCAGUGAAGUGUAUGAAGCAAGUAAAUAUGUUAAUAAUCCAGAAAAGAAUUUUAUUUCUGAAAGUAAAAGUUCUUCACAUAGUGAACAUCUACCUGCUGGAUCUCUUUUAAUUAACCAACAGCAAGAAAGGAUUGUUAAAAAUAAUAAUUCAAGCAAAAAUAUAGGUACACUUUUGGGUCAGAAGGCAAAGGCAAUGGAGCCACAUCAUGGGAAAGUUUCUGUCUCCACAGCAUCAUGUGUGAAGAAAGAGGAUGAGAAAUUUUACAUGGGACCACCCUUAAUGUGUAGUAGUCUGCAGACACACAAAGGAGGUGUGCUAAGGAAUAUAAUAAACCAUAAGGACACUUUAAAUUCAAAGAUAAAAUCCAUAGAUGUAAGGGGAACUCCAAAAAAUAUGCAAGCAAGCGAAGAAAAUGUUAAACAAAUAGAUGUUAGCAACAAAGAAAAUGAUGUAGGUUUGUUUUCAUCAGAAUCAGCUGCAUAUAAUAUAACUAAUGCAAAACACGGUCCAUCAUGCAAUAACUCCAAUUUGUUGCAAACAAGUAAAGAAAGAGAUUUUCAAGUAUUGGCAAGGAAAGGUGUUGCAAUGGAGAAACAGUUGGAUGAAAAAGUGACACCUUGUAUGCUAUCUGGUAACUUAAAUAUGGUAGACACAAUCCCUCCAGUGGAUAAUAUACAACAUGUGAGAAGAAAUAUUCAAGUGAAUGAUAAAAUUUCAAAAUUAAAGUCUGCUGAAUUAGAUAUCAAUAAAGAAAAUGAUUUUCGUUCAUCUGUACGGAAAAACAUUAUAACCGAGAAACAAAUACAUGAACCAGUGGUUGAUGGAUGUGCAUUGUUUCAUAAGGUAAAUGUGAAGGAAUCUACCCCUUCAUUUGAUGAUGUAAUCCCAGGAAAACAAGCGCAUCAAAUAGAUAAAGUCCACAGCCAGCCAGGCUCCUUAAAUAAGCUACAUUCAGAAGCUGUGAAAGAAUGUUUGGCUGAGAAUAUAAGAGAUCCAUCCCUGAUGCCGACUCUGGGGCCCAGUACAGUAGAAAGAACUGCUGCUGCACAAGGAGAUUUAAAAAUGCAGCCUGAUGCCAGUUUACAUCUAGUAUACAAACAAGAUCAGAAUGUACCUCUUAAACUUGUUGAAAAGCAGGAUAACUAUAUAACUGUAAACGGAAAAGGUUAUAGAGUGCAAAAACUCCUUGGACGAGGGGGCUCCAGUCAAGUAUUUAAAGUGCUGGAUCCCAGCACUAUGCAAGAGCUGGCUGUGAAGUGUGUGAACCUGUCUGUAGCUGAGCCUUCAAUUGCACAGGGUUACCUCAAUGAAAUUGCACUGUUGAGAAGAUUGCAAGGCAGUGAAACAGUAAUUAGUAUGACUGACUUCGAGUAUGCAGAGGAGAAACAGAUGCUGUACGUAGUGAUGGAGAAAGGGGAAACUGAUCUGUCCAGGCUAAUCAAGACAAUUUCAAAGACCAAUCAAAUACAUAUAAUAACAAUUUUAUAUUACUGGGUUGAGAUUCUGAGAGCUGUGAAAAAUAUUCAUGAAAAUGGUGUAAUACACUCUGAUUUAAAACCUGCUAAUUUUCUUCUUGUGGGUGGACGUAUGAAACUCAUUGACUUUGGCAUUGCAUCAUCAAUUCAGAAUGAUAUGACAAGUGUUUUCAAAGAUGCACAAGCAGGAACCUUCAAUUAUAUGAGCCCAGAAGCAAUUCAGGCUACACACAGUACAAAUGGGAACCAAUCUGGAUUUAAGAUCAGUUACAAAUCAGACAUCUGGUCCUUAGGCUGCAUUCUUUACAAUCUGUUGUAUGGAAAGACACCAUUUCAACAUAUUGUCCAACCAUGGGCCAAAGCUGCUGCCAUUACAAACCCAGAUCAUGUUAUCGAUUUUUCCAACACACGAAAUGAUUGUCCACCAGUGCUACUCAAAGCUGUGCAGCUGUGCUUGAUUUAUGAUCCAAAGAAGAGACCCACAGCAGCAGAGCUUCUAGAAUUGCCAUACAUUAAUUAUAACGUAGUCUAAUUUAAAAAUAAAUAUAUUUGUACUCAAAUGCAAGGCAUUCCCCUGAAAUUGGUAAGCACAUUAAUCAUCUAGAUUUUAAUCAGUUGAAAAGCUAGGCAGUUUCACAGGAUUUUGCAUUGCACAGUAUGAUGUACAGUGUUCAUAAUACAGAAGAACUGAUUAUUUGACCACCAUAUAGUCUGAUGAUCUGCAGUUUAGUUUCAUUAUGCACUAGAAUAUGGCUUAUGCACGCAUAGCAUAAGAAGAAUUUUAUGGCCGAUCAGCGAGCCCGUAUAAACCUUUUCAGCCUUCAACAUUGCUUUUUUUCAGCAAUUUGUUUUCUUUUUGCACCUUUUCUACAUGAAAAAUUAUAUUUUGUGUAAGAUAUACAAUUGAAUUGUGAAGUAUAUAUUAUUGAUGUACAGGUUUAUAAUAUAAUAAAUUAAAGUUAGUAUUUGUUAUAAAUAGGAAAUAAAGACAAG